GGCUUUAUUUGAUGGACAUAAAGGCCCGUACUAGUUAAUUAGGGUUUCCCCUUGGGUGAAGCAUAUAAAUACAGGUUAUUGGGAACCCUAAAGACACACCAUAAAGUUUACGGCCCCCCUCACUACAAUCUGUUAUUAUCCUUCUCCAUCCUAACUGCUCACCCUAAACGGGAACCGAUUAAGAUGGCUUCUUCUUCAUCUCUAACCACUACUGGAUUGUCAGCUCCUGUUAUGGCUAUUGAUACUUUGACUGGUGCGAACUAUGCUUCGUGGAAGGAUUCUCUUAACCUUACUCUCGCACUCAUGGAGUAUGACUGUGCGCUAACUGAAAACGCUCCCCCUGCUCUUACUGAUAAGAGUACUGAAGCUAAAAAACUACUCUAUCAAAAGUGGGAGAGAGCUAAUCGCUUGUCUCUUAUCUUCAUGAAAAACUCGAUAAGUCCUGUUAUCAGGGGAGCCAUUCCUGAUGCUGCUACAGCUAAGGAAUAUCUGACUAAUGUGGAGGCUCAAUUCCAAGGGAUGUCUAAGGCGCAAGCCAGCACCCUCAUUCUGAAAUUGGUGACUACAAAGUAUGAUGGGAUCAGCGGUAUUCGUGAGCACAUCCUGAAAAUGAAUGAUAUGGCCCAAAAGCUUAAGGGAUUAAGCAUGGAGAUUAGUGAUGGCUUUCUGGUGCAUUUUAUCAUGACGUCUCUGCCCGCAUCUUAUGAAGCAUUCAAAGUCAACUAUAACCUUCAGAAGGACCAAUGGAAGAUGAACGAGUUGAUUGCUAUUUGCGUGCAAGAAGAAGAACAAAAGGAAGGGGAACUACAAUAA